CCCCCCGCCUUCUCUCCAACCAACGCGACGCGACGCAGCAGUCUGUCUCUCUGUAACCUGAUCGAUCGAUCCGCUCGCGGGGACGCCAUGAUGUUCGCGUGCUUCAGCGCCGCCGCCGUGGCCGACGAGGCGGAGGCGGAGGCUCGCCGCCACCGGGGCGGUGGUGGCGGGGACGGCCGUCGCCGUUCCCGGGGCGCCGCGUCGUUUGUCCGCAGGAAGUUCUUUGGAGGGAGGAAAGGGAGGAAGGAGUACUCCAAGUCCAAGGAGGCGUCGUCGGCGGCGCUGGCCGGACGGGACGUGGACGGUGUCUACGGCGUGGUGGUGGUCGGGGCGGCUUCGGCCUCGUCGUCGUCGGCUGCGCUGAGCCCCGCGCUGUCGCUCGACUCGGCGUGCUCGUUGUCGUCCUCGUCGUCGUCGUCGACGACGACGACGGCGUGUUGCUCCGGAUCCCGGUCGUCGUUCUCGGACGCGCUGCCUCCGGCGAGGAGGUCGGAGGAGAGGAGGAGGACAACGACGACGGCGGCUGGGCCGGCCGCGGUGAUUCUCUGCAUGGUGAUGGUGAUGCUCUGCGGCCGGGUCGGAGCCACCGUGCUCGCCUCGGCGGCGUUCUACCUUUUCCCCCGGCUGUUGCCGGUGAGUGCCAACGAGGCGGAUAGCGCGGUGGCGUCGCCGGAGAGCGACUUGCCGCCGGCGACCGAGCAGAAGACGAUGAAGAGUAGGGUGGUUAAGGAGGGCUUCUUUGUGAGAAACCGCAAGAAGUGAUCCGUCCCCUUUUCUCCCCUCUCCUCCCCUCUUUUUUUCCUCUCGUGUGAAGAGAAAUUACACCGAUUUUCUUCAAACUUUUUUACCCGAGAGUUCUUGUAAACUUGUAACUAUUAAAUUUUCAGACACAGAGCAAUCAUCAAAUUAUAGCUCAAACAAAUUUACUUGUGGCUUGUAGUAGUACGUUGAAUACGUACAUGAUAUAUUUACUCCGUUCUAAAAUAAGCUCAUCAACUAUAAAGAUAAAUUAUUUUUGAACGGAGGGAUCGAAUAUAUCUUUGCCAAAGGGUUUUGAGAAAUAAUAUCUUGGUUUGUCCCAGUUUUACAAAGCUUCUUCCUCGAGCUGUGUAUUGUACCACAGUGAGAGACAGAGUGAGGUCAAGAAAGCAACUCAUGGUCUUCACGAAAAAUAGAACUAAAAAGAAUAGAAAGGGCGACGCACGCAUCAUGCAUGCACAUUUCCGUUGCGGGCGCCAACAAAUUCCGUGGUGGGUACGUUGUGUGUCCGUGGUUGAUAGUGGAUGGAGAUGGAACUUUAGCCAACUUUGCAAUAAUGCAAGAGCUUCUGUAACAUAUACUAGUAUAUAUACUUUAUUCAGUGUUAGCUAUACGUACGACCAAUUUGUUCG